AGGGCGGGGGCAAUAGGUAGACCAGAGUGGCUCCGCCCCGAAUAAAUUAGGGAGUGGGGUGUCUCGCUUUCUUUACCAUCUCUGGUACACUGCAGUGUACAUUUUUCCAUCUGCACACUUCCAUCUUCAUUGCUUCAGCAAAUCUGUGCUGCAAGUGAAGGCUGUGAGAGUGAAUGCAGGAGUGAAAUAGCAAUGGCCAGCUUUAAAUGUAUAAUACACUUGAGAUGAAGGAACUACCGAGAACGAAGAAACAAAUAUGAGUUAAAACGUCAAAUAUCAAACGACUGGGCUGCUAAGAAACUCAAGUGGUGACAGUUUGUAUCUGAGAACCCAGGCCAUCCACAAGACUUCAGUGGGUCAAGAUGCCGAUUCCUCCCCCUCCCCCUCCACCCCCUGGAGGCCCCCCUCCACCCCCCAUCUUCAGCCAGGGCAACACCACCCCACCCAAGCUCAAUCGAGAUGAGGCCAAAGGCAGAGGAGCCCUGCUCGGUGACAUCCACAAAGGGGCCAAGCUGAAGAAGGUCGGCGUGGUCAAUGACAGGAGCGCACCUAUCUUAGAAAAGCCUAAAGGAGGUGGUGGUGGUAGUAGUGGAGGAGGCUCGUCAGGGGCCAUUCAGCCAAUGGGAGGGCUUUUCCAGGCAGGUGUGCCUAAAUUACGACCAGUCGGAGAUGGUUCGGUUGGCAGGUCAUCCCUGACGCCUCCUGGCACGCGCCCCGCUGCUCCUCGUCCUCCUGUUCGCCAUGACAGCACAGAAUGCUCAGCCCAGCAGGCCUCUCCCCCGGAGCACUCCCGAUCCCAGAGGCCCUCCCUCCCCGACCUCUCCCGCCCCCUCAGCGGAGGCAGCCCAAACAGUGGCAUGAAGCACAGCUCCUCCGCCCCUCCACCUCCUCCCCCUUUUUCUCGCCGGGGUAAUGCACCCCCUGCACCGACUCAGAAGGUGCCACCACCCGCCCCCUCCUACAACCGGGAGAAGCCCCUCCCUCCCACGCCAGGACAGAGGGGGACUUCCCCGGUGCCGGCCCGCAACAGUGCCCCUCUGCCUCCUUCUCCCAACAUCAACCGGCGGCCCCCGACGUCAGGGGGCUCCUCAGCUUCCUCCUCUUCCUCCUCUCUGGGUCCACCUCCUCCCCCGUACCGCCAGCCCAUGACCAACGGCCCCUCCAGCCCAGUUAACGAAGCCGCCCCGGAGCUACCUCAGAGACACAACUCCCUCAGCAAGAAGCCGUCGCCCGGACCUGGACUCACUCCAACCCGGGGGCAAGCUCCACCCCCGCCACCCUCCCCCUCCCCGCCAGGCGGACGCCCCCCCCCUCCAGUCCGUGAGCCCCCGGCAGAGGGGCAGGUAUCUCCACCCCCGCCUGGGUCGACUCAACGAAACGGUGGUCGCGAUGCUCCCCCUCCACCACCCCCCUACAGAGGUAGCCCCUCAGAACCUCAUAGCCGUGGCAAGCCCCCCCCUCCUCCCUCCCGUACCCCUGCCGGACCCCCGCCCCCUCCCCCACCUAUCCGCAAUGGACACACCUCCAUUUCCCGCUCCUUCGUAGAUGACUUUGAGUCCAAGUAUUCUUUCCACCCUCUGGAUGACUUCCCUGCUCCAGAGGAGUACCGGCACUUCACCAAGAUCUACCCCAGCAAAGCCAACAGAGUGAUGAGGGGAGCUCCUCCUGCACCGCCUGUGGGAAGGUGAACACUGUGAGACCACUUCACUUCUACUGUACAGGAGACAAGGGUUAUAUAUACACACACACACACACACACACACUACUUUCUCACAUAGAACCUACAGCAUAUAACAUAUACCGACAUGCUUCUCAUUCGAUAACAUUCCAUUUCACUUAAGCUCCAUAACCAUUCACUCACACGCUCGCCCUUGAGAAUAGCCCAGGAAUUUAUGCAAUGGCAGUCAUGCUCCAUUUUGAAGGUGGAGUUGGCAGCUUACUUAUGCCAUUCCCAGCCUGUGUCCGCGCGGGUGAACUUGCCCUGGUUUGUCACAAAGGCAUUACUUACCCAUUGAUGGUGUUUCCAGGCGUGUGUGUGUGUGUGUGUGUGUGUGUGUGUGUGUGUGUGGGCGGGGAACACUUUGACACAGGUAUGAAAGACAUUCACUCCCAUACCACACAGACUGUUGCGAUUGUCAAAAUGGAGAAAAUAAAAUGUUCUCCACGUCAUCAGAGUAUAUGCACUGUGAGAGCCCACAUCACCAUGAAACGGGAGUGACACCAGUGACUGUACAGCCUGGCUCUAAGUGUCAGAAGGUGAUUGACUUUUUUUGGGCCACUGCACCCCUUGCUGAUGUAGGGAACUGCUACUGUUUGAAAGUUCUCUCAGGUAUACGGUUUGUGGAACAGAGAACUGGAGAUGACGAAGAUGAUAUUGGAAAGGCAUUAUUAGAUAAGAGAUUCUCUCCAAAAGUGCCAACUGAGUCGGACCUGAACUGGGAACAGCACAUACCCCCCCCACAUCCUUUCUCCCUGCUGCAAGACUGUCGUGGUUUCCCUUUUCCUUUAUGAAUGCUGGAAUGGACUGAUCAAAGCAAUAGUUUCAUAUGUUCUCUGUGAUUGUUGUCAGUAAUCAACACCUGUGACAGUGGCGAUCGUUGGUUUGUGAAAAAGUCUUCCUGUUUAGAAUGAUGAUGCACAUGUAUGGGAUCUUGCAGCAAUCUCUCCCUCCCUUCCUCUACGCAGAAGAAAAGACAAACCAGAUAGAUGCAUGUUGUCUUUCUUUUCAGCUUAUCUGUCUUGAAAAAUGCAUGAGGGUGAUCUUGUUAGUUGUCCUAAAUGCACAGCAGAAAGUUAUUAUGCCUUCUAACACUAGUCUGGGCCACUGAAACCAUUUCACGACAACUAACUCAUACGAACACUACAACCCUCACUAGUUUUAAUGACCGAGCCUUUCAAAUGCAUUGCAUGCUACAGGAUGCUGAACCAGUACAUUGACACUAAAAUACUCAACCCGAACCCAGGCAACGAGUCGGAAGCAAUCCAAGCGUUUAUUGUUCAAAAUUGAUAGAGAGAAAUUAUGUUGAGGGGAAAGUAAAUGUAUGCUUGCAAAUACAAACCUUUUCCUGGAACUCAGCAGGAUAAGGUUUGUUGAUACCCACAAAAGCCACGUGGUGGCAGUAUUUGAUGAUUUUCCAUAAAGAGACAUGGGACCUACAGUAUAUGCUUGUGAUGCAGUACCCCUUCAAUUUGUCUUUAUAUUUUUUUUAAACAUACAAAGUUUUAUUAUGGAUUUGGCCAAUGUUGAGCGAGAGGGCAGUACAGACCUGUAUGUCUGUCUGUGUAACAAUUUUGAGAUCUUCUGCUGAGGGUCGAAUGGACAAACCAAUGACAACGGCCAUGUUGUUCAACUCAAUCAUAGUUGUCUACCUUCUGUCUUUUGAAAGAAAAAAAUCUAAUGUAGUCCUUACAUUUCUUUGCUUAAUGCACUUGUGACCACAAGCCUGAAACAAAUGCACGUUGUUACACAGGGAGGUGCACCUUUAAGGCUGGUACCUGUCAUUUUGUUCCUAUUGUUUAUGUGUUGUGUGGGGUUAGUCUUGUUCCUUAUUUUAAAACGGCCCUGCACCGUGACCGAACCCCCUUAAACUGUCACUCACUAUUCACUUUUUAUUUCAACCAUUUACUGGUCUUUUGCCUUAUUAUUCAAUUCAGGAUUUGUAAAAAAACAAAUUAAAAACACCAAAAAAAACAAAGCUAAUCUAAGUUUAUACACCUCAUAUGGGUUAUACGGUAGUCAUGGUUAUGGUUCUACUUUUAAUAUGUAUAAAGCUUGUAAUAUAGUGAAUAAAACUGGGAUGGAUAACGGCAGGCUUUUGUCAGAAUCCAGCGACAAACUGUUAGUCAGUCCCCCUUUAGAUAUUCCCUCUCUGUGUCACAGAGGGCCUGUGUGGCCAUUCAACAGGAGCGGUAUGUACUCACAUUGAGAGAACCUCCUUGUUCGUGUCUUCUUCUCAUCCCCCAUUUCAUACUUUCAUACUUAGCUUAAUCCAGGCCCUGGUUCCUUCUGUACAUGUCACCCUUCUGCGUCAGACAUGUUGUACCAAUUCAAUUCAAAUGUCAGUGAUGGAGAAGGAAAAAAAGUCUACUUUUCCUGUCUCUGUCCAGUCCAUUGUCAUCUUUUAUUAGUGACGUUAUGUAAUAAUGUGCCACAGGUUUUGGUUAAAGGGAUAGUUCAUCCACAUUACAAAAUGACAUAUUGAUUUUAUUUUAGGGGGUAGAUGGAUUGAUGGAAGCUACAAUGUAAUUGCCUGCAUCCAUUAAAAAAAAUAUAUAUAUAUUUUCCUUUGUUACCCUAAUUGGAGUAAACUAAUGGACAACAACACUUAUCUUAUACACAAGUAUGUGGACACCACUUCAAAUGAGUGGAUUUGGCUAUUUCAGCUAUACCUGUUGCUGACAGGUGUCUAAAAUCGAGCUCACCGCCAUGCACUCUCCAUAGACAAACAUUGACUUUCAACGUGGCACAGUCAUUGGAUGCCACCUUUCCAACAAGUUAGUUUGUCAAAUUUCUGCCAUGCUGGAGCUGCCCCGGUCAACUGUAAGUGCUGUUUAUUGUGAAGUGGAAACUUAUAGGAGCAACAAUGGCUUACCAACAAAGUGGUAGGCCACACAAGCUCACAGAAUGGGAUCGCUGAUUGCUGAAGCACAUAAAAAUAGUCUAUACUCGGUUGCAACACUCACUACCGGGUUCCAAACUGCCUCUGGAAGCAAUGUCAGCACAAGAAUUGUCUGUCGGGAACUUAAUGAAAUGUGUUUCCAUUGCUGAGCAGCCUCACACAAGCCUAAGAUCACCAUGCGCAAUGCCAAGUGUCGGCUGGAGUGGUAUAAAGCUCGCCGCCAGUGGACUCUGGAGCAGUGGAAACGUGUUCUCUGGAGUAAUGCAUAGAGCCAACUGUAAAGUUUGGUGGAGGAGGAAUAAUGCUCUGGGGCUGUUUUUCAUGGAUUGGGCUAGGCCCCUUAGUUCCAGUGAAGGGAAAUCUUACUGCUGUGCUUCCAACUUUGUGGCCACAGUUUGGGGAAGGCCCUUUACUGUUUCAGCAUGACAAUGCCCCCGCGAGGUCCAUACAGAAAUGGUUUGUCGAGAUCGGUGUGGAAGAACGUGGCUGGCCUGCACAGAGCCCUGACCUCAACCCCAUUGAACACCUUUGGGCUCAAUUGGAACGUUGUCUGCGAGCCAAGCCUAAUCACCCAACAUCAGCGCCCGACCUCAGUAAUGCUCUUGUGGCUAAAUGGAAGCAAGUCCCCAACGCACUAUACCAACAUCUUAUGGAAAGUCUUCCCAGAAGAGUAGAGGCUGUUAUAGCAGCAAAGGAGGCCCAACUUCAUAUUAAUGCCCAUGAUUUUGGAAUGUGAUGUUCAACGAGCUGGUGUCUACAUACUUUUGGUCAUGUAGUGUAUAUACAAUUUACGGACACAAUGCAUUUUUACAAUAGUUAUCUUGUUGUUUUUAGUCCCACCCUUCAACCCCUCUCUUAACACCAUCCAGUUUUGAUUUCUAUGUUUUUCAACUGUGAUGUUUCACAAAAGUUCUGAACCUUUCUCAUAGUUUCUACAGAUUGUAAAUUAAACAAUUUGGGGGGGCUAAAAGUAUUAUAUUAUUGAUCGAUUGACUAUGACUUUUCAAUUCAGUGCUAUUUGCAGAGUUACCUGCAUCAGUUAUUCCUGUAACCUGCAUCCAGAAACAAGCUACAUAUGGACAUAACAGUAAAUCUGCAGAGCUGGGAUGUAUUCCCCAUAUACAGUGCAUUUUAAAGUAUUCAGACCCCUGGACUUUUUUUACACAUUUUGUUAGGUUAAAUCCUUAUUUUAAAAAGGCUGUAAUGUAACAAAAUGUGUAAAAAGUUAAGAGGUCUGAAUUACUUUCCUAGUGCACUGUAUAUAACAUCGUAUUGGUUGCAAAAAUGUAUAAUUUAAAUUGAAAAAUUCAAGUUUUGAAUCUUUUUGUGUAUAAACUCUAACCAUGUGCCAUAGAAUCGGUACAUCAAAUCUCUUCCCAAUUAUUUUGCCAUCUAUAUGACACAGUUGUCACUUUUUUGAUUUCUUAUAUUAAACUUUUUAUUUGGCACAAUUUCCUUUAACCGAUUUUGGUCUUUAAUGCAGGGCCGACAGACAAGUUCCUUUCUUUUUCCCAGUUCCACCUGCCUCUUCAAUUUUUGCAAUAAUGCUGCAAUUAGUUGGUUGUAAUUUUGGGUAGAGCAGACAUUUCCAUAUAAUUUUGUUAGAUGCACGUGUGACAACUCCAUGCAAUUAGUAUAUUUGUGUUUAGCCAUAAUGGUUUAUUAUUUGUUCGGUCUUUUCUCUUGGAUUAAACUGAAAUUACAACCAA